AUGACUGCAGGCCGCGCAGGAGCGGGGCUGGCCGCUGGGCCCGGCUCCGGAUCAGAGGGCCCGCGCGGGCGCGGCCAGGUGGCCACGGGACUCCUCGGGUCCCAGCGGGGCGCUCGGUCCUCCCUGCCCAGCCGUUCAGGGCUCCCCUCGCGUCCCAGCCGCUGGAACCCACCUAACCCCGCGGCCUCUCCGCCUUCAGGACGAGCCCCGCACCCCGGGUCCUCGCCGCCUCCAGUUCCUCACACCGCUAUCGGUGUCCUUCGGGGAUCCCGACACAGUUGUCCACCCCAACUCCACCCCGUUAAAGCACGAAGCGGGCCGGAUGCAGCGAAGCGAGUAGCAAGCGUGGGCCCGAUGGUCACCGGGCGAGGACACGCUCCCCACGACAGGUGUGAUCAGCUUACCCCAAUUUCAUCGAGACUAGAAAUCAAAUACCAAACAGAGGAAGCCUCUUCUGAUUGGAUUUCAUGGAAAAAAACCGUUGGAGGUGCAGGUGAUGGAUCAGCUCCUGGCAAUACAGUCUUGUCCAGCCUCGAGGCAGGUGUUCCCUGGACUCCGCGCGCGGAUCUCCCGUACUUCGUGGCCUUUGCGAGUGGGAAUGCGGAGCGCGGAGCAGGCGCCGGCGCCGCGGAGGGCGGCAGUGUUCUGGGACUGCCAGGUCACACUGCUCGACGAUCGCACUGCUUCCUGUUGGUUAGGGAAAGGUCAACCCAAGACGCUGAGAGGCCUGAAUUGCUUCCAGAUUUGAGAAAGGGAUAAGGCCGUAAGCCAGCGCCGCCAGAUGGGGAAUUAGCUCAAAUGGUAGAGCGCUCGCUUAGCAUGCGAGAGGUAGCGGGAUCGAUGCCCGCAUUCUCCAGUUUUGCAUCCCAAGGUCUGUAACCCUUAUGUUUCCGUCUUUCCGUUAAUAUAUUGCUGAAAUGUGAGCAGGUAACAAGCGUCCACUUUGUGACCGGGUACUCUGCAUUUCCUUCAACGGCCAGGCGCUAACACAGGGUGCGUUCUUCGCCCCUGAAACACGCACAGCCAUGUUUUCUUUGGACAGA